UAAAAACUGAAAGAUGUGAAAUGUGAUCGAAAAAUAAUCAAAAUAUGGAAAUCCGUUCCUUAGCUAAAGAACGGACCUCUAUUCUUGAGAAAAAUCCUAUAUAUAUUUUAAGAUGAAUACAUGAUGCACAAAUGUCUCAUUUUUGGAUAAGAAAUUCUUUUACUUACCAUUUUUACCGAUUUAUAAUACUACAGCUAGACGCCAUUUUGAAAAGUAACUGUCUUUGAGAAAGUAGUCACCGGCGCAUCAUGUGUUAAAUGUUAGAAAAAGUCUUGGGUAGGGGCUGCCACGUGAUAGGGCAGUGCGGCCCACCAAUCAAAACUUAAAAAAAAAAAAAUUCUUGUUCCAAAACUGUCCUCAAUUUGCAAAAUAAAAUAUCCAAAACACUCCCCCUGCUAGGGGGUGAUUGGAGGGCCUCACUGCCCCACCACAUGGCAGCCCUACCUAAGACCUUCUCUAAAUGUUAACGAAAACGUGGACCUACAUGGACCAAAGUGGAAACUAGUGCACAUACACCAUAAUCUAAAUAGACAAAAAAAUGUCGUUAGACACUUAGACCUAAACUAUAUAAUUUAUGCCGAACACAGCACGAUAGAAGUUUCCUGAUGUCGUAUUAUCAUGUUGUUCAACAUGCAUCUAUAUCCAUGUUACACCACAUGUCUGAAUAGUGAUAGAAUUUAUAUAUGCCAGUUGAACAACAUGAAACAAGUUCCCUAUUUCGUGUUGAUGUGAACCUUUCCUACUGAUGUCGGCGGGCAUUCAGUCCUCAAUUUCAUGAACAUUCAUCCCAUGCAAGCAAUCAAGAGUUUAAGCAUUCAAUCGUUUUCCUUUUCACAGGUUGAUGAAAAUGCUGAAAACCCAGCAUGGAAAGCCAUUGGAUAUCAAGUAGAACAAGCUGAGAACCCGAAAAGAGUCCCAGAAGAGAGGCCUCUUCACAAGGGAAUCAUAGAAACCAUGUACCAAACUGACACUAGCCUUCCGGAUUCUCUUGCUGACAAAGGCCUCAAAGUGACACAUGACUCCAAAAACGACCUCUACAAGAUCAAAUGUGAUGUGGUAAUUGUUGGCUCUGGCUGUGGCGGAGGUGUUGCAGCAGCUGUUUUAGCAAGUUCAGGCCAGAAAGUGAUUGUUCUUGAGAAAGGGAACUACUUCACUGCGUCAGAUUACUCAUCUCUGGAAGGCCCAUCCCAGGAUCAACUGUAUGAAUCAGGAGGCAAUCUUGCAACUGUUGAUGGGAAAGUAAUGAUUCUGGCUGGAUCAACAGUUGGUGGUGGCUCUGCAGUUAACUGGUCAGCCUGCAUUAGAACACCAGAUUCUCUGCUUCAGGAAUGGGCCAAGGAUCACAAGAUUGCCUUCUUUGGGGGAUCCGAAUAAGUUUCUGCAAUGGAUGCUGUGUGUGAGAGAAUCGGGGUUACAGAGAGCUGUGUAGAGGAGGGGUUCCAAAAUCAAGUGCUGCAAAAAGGGUGUGAGAAUUUAGGCCUUGAAGUUCAUUUUGCCCCUCGCAAUUCUUCAGAGAAGCACUAUUGUGGAUCGUGCGGUCAUGGAUGUAAGAAAGGAGAGAAAAAAGGGACUGAUUCUACAUGGCUGGUGGAUGCAGUGGAUCAUGGUGCAGUGAUCUUAUCCGGUUGCAAAGCCGAGAGAUAUGUAUUGGAAAAGAGCUACAGGAGUGGAAGUAUGAGGAAGAAGAAAUGCUUGGGAGUAAUGGCAAAAAGUUUAAGUAACAACAUAACAAAGAGACUGCAAAUUGAGGCAAAAGUCACAAUUUCAGCAUGUGGAGCUCUUUUGACACCUCCCUUAAUGAUCUCUAGUGGACUAAAGAACCGGCACAUUGGUCGAAAUCUUCAUCUCCACCCUGUCCUAAUGGCCUGGGGAUACUUCCCUGACUCGAUUAAUUCAGAAUUCAAGGGUAAAAGCUAUGAGGGCGGAAUAAUCACAUCGGUCCAUGAGGUCAUCUCAGCAGACUCUAGGCCAAGAGCCAUCAUUGAAACUCCUGCAUUAGGGCCUGGAACAUUUGCUGGUUUGUGUCCCUGGGAGUCUGGACUAGACAUGAAGAAAAGGAUGCUGAGAUUUUCAAGAACUGCACAUUUGAUCACAAUAAUCCGGGAUAAGGGUUCCGGGGUUAUUAGGACAGAGGGAAGAGCAAGUUAUGUGCUUGAUGCAUCAGACAAAGAGAACAUGAAGGCUGGUUUGAGGCAGGCGCUUAGGAUUCUGAUAGCAGCAGGAGCAGUUGAAGUUGGCACUCACCGCAGUGAUGGGCUGAGACUCAAAUGUGAAGGGACUGAUAAGAAGGAAAUAGAGAAUUUUUUGGACCAAGUUUCUGCAGAUGAAGGGCCACAGUCACUGGUAGAGAAAUGGACAACCUAUUCCUCCGCUCAUCAAAUGGGGAGCUGUAGAAUGGGAAUCAAUGAAAAAGAAGGCGCAGUUGAUCAGAAUGGGGAGAGCUGGGAAGCCGAAGGCCUAUUUGUCUGUGUGUUGCCUAGUGCUGUUGGUGUCAAUCUAAUGAUCACCAUCGAAUCAACUGCUUACUUUCUCUCAAAGAGAAUAGCAGAAUCUCUAAGAAAACAACCGUUUUCCUGUGUUGGUUGAUUCCUUUUCUUAAACCACAAUCCACAAAACACCACGUGGGAGGUUCAUUUGGCAACUGAACUCUUGAUAGUGAUCUUCAUUCUAAUAUUUUAGCAGGUGCAGUAAUCAAGUAUUAUUCAGAUGGAGGUUCUGCUGUCUUCAGUCUUCAGUACAAAGUUUACCAAAAUGUACUAUAUGAAAGAAGAGCGAUAUUUAUAGAGCAACACAUAGUUUGCUUAAUUUCUUUCCCAAUGUAUGCUUCACCCUUCCACCUUAAA